AUGUCUGACGUCCCUACCUUUAGAUUCGACAACGAAAUUACCGUCGUGACCGGUGCUUGUGGUGGCCUUGCAGAACCAUGCAUUCACGCCUUAUUGGCAGCUGGUUCAGAAAUCGCUCUUUUAGAUACAAACAUUGAUACCAUCAAUAAGUCGAUCGCUGGUUUCGAGAAGUUUGCCAAACAGACGUUGAAGUUGGCCAAGGUUCCUGAGAUGCACGGCUACGUUUGUGAUGUUUCAAAUGCUGACCAGGUUGAACAAACUUUUGCCAAAGUCCACAAGGAUUUCGGAAAGUAUGCUCUUCAUUUGUACAAUACAGCUGGUUACUGUGAAAACUAUCCUGCUGAGAAGUAUCCUGCCAAGAACGCAGCCAAAUUGAUCGGUGUCAACCUUCUCGGUUCUUUCUACGUGGCUCAAUCUUGGGCUAGACCUUUGAUUGAACACAAGAUCAAAGGUGCCUCUGCUGUUAUGGUUGGUUCCAUGUCAGGAAAUAUCGUUAAUGAUCCUCAACCUCAGAUUUGCUACAACAUGUCCAAAGCUGGUGUCAUUCACAUGGUUAAGACUUUGGCUGCUGAAUGGGCCAAAUACAAUAUUAGAAUUAACACCUUGUCUCCAGGUUACAUCUCAGGUCCUUUGACUGCAAAGGUUAUCGAGGCUGAUCCUAAGAUGUACGAUAGAUGGAUGUCUAUGGUUCCAAUGCACAGAAUGUCUGAUCCAAGUGAGUUCGCUGGUACUAUUUUGUACUUGCUUUCUAAUUCCGCUUCUUCUUACACCACCGGUGCUAAUAUCAUUGCCGACGGUGGUUAUGCAUGCUGGUAA